AACAGAAAGUCGUACAAGGGAUGGAUUUAAGCCGAAUUAGAGGACUUGGGUUUGAUGCCACGUGUUCUCUGGUUGUGUUGGAUAAGCAGUUUCGUCCUUUACCAGUAAACCAUGAAGGAGAUUCCCGUCGAAAUGUCAUCAUGUGGCUGGACCACCGAGCUGUCAGUCAGGUCCACAGGAUCAAUGAGACCAAGCAUAGUGUCCUCCAGUAUGUGGGGGGCGUCAUGUCUGUGGAGAUGCAGGCCCCAAAACUCCUGUGGCUGAAAGAG